AUGCUGAGUGACGAAGAUAUAGAGGAGACGUUGGCUAUAACAGCCUCUUCUGGCUUUCAUGCUCACACCUCCGGCUCAAAGUUUUCAGACAAGUUGUCUCAGUUGGAAGCUGAGCAAGAACUCAAGACGCAGACUAUUUUUGCGAAAAUCAAGUCAUUUCUCAAAAUACAGCUCUUAAGGUACCCCAACGAGUUGGAAAAGUACAUAUUAGAAAAGGAGCCAAAUGAUUGUGCAUUGAUUGCAAAGUACCGAAGGACUACAGAUAUAGACUUGAGCAUGGAACCGUCAUUGACCAUUGAUCAAUUGACUUUAAAUACUUUACAUAUCCCCCAUCCCCUCGAGAGUUUUAUGAGGAAUGAAACUCAUCAACAAGCUGCUGACGAUGUUUUAGAAGGUGUAAACAACGAAUUGCGGGAAAGCCCAAUCUUGGUUUUCAUUCAUGGUUUGGGGGGACAAAUGUCACAGUUUGAGCCUUUAAUCGGGUUACUAUCACAAUGUGCCGAGAUAGUGUCGUUAGAUUUGCCUGGUUUUGGAAAUUCCAAAGCGUUUGACAAAGGUCACAAGUUUGUAUCCCAUAUAAGUGAAUCGGAGCAGCAACGAAUUUCAGCCUCCAUAAAGGGUAUGUCUUGGGAAGACUUUCUGACAGCCAACAUCGUUAGCAUUGUUUAUGCUUUUCUACGGCAACAAGUCCCUGAAAAGAAGGUUAUUCUAAUUGGCCAUUCUAUGGGAACUCACAUUGCAGUAAGAGUAGCAAAGAAAUUGCCGCCACACAAGGUUGAAGGAUUGAUUCUUCUUUCACCACCAGAUGUGAUUGAUGAUUCAGUACCAGGGCUGCAGGAUUUAGAAACGGGUGGGUUAUCAUGGCUUUUUAGGCUUUUUGUUUACCUUCCGUUCUUGUUCAACUUGUUUAGAACUUGGGAUAGGCUCCCCGGGUUACAGAGCAAAAGUGUGCGUCGACAAUUGCCCAAAAAUAGUCUGUUGUAUAAUAGGCUUCGGCAGUUUCGGUGGAAUUUGGAUAUUGAUUCGGUUACGUUGCUUAAGUAUGUACAUGGGUUUAGAAAGAUUACUACAUCUGACCUCGUGGUGGCGAUCAGCCAAUUCAACAACAACAAAAGCGAUGACCGUGCCUAUGAGAAGACCUUGUUAGUAUGUGGUUCUGAAGACCAUGUCACCAAUGUCAAGCACAUUUAUCACAUUGAUAAAUUUUUAACCAACACUUUUAAUAGAAAGAUUUCGUCAGCAAUGGAGGUUAAAGAUGCAGGACAUUCAUUGUUGCUAGCAAAGCCAGAGCUCACAAGCGGUCUGAUUUUAAAUCACAUUGAAACGAAGCUACCACAGCGUUUGAAUCUAUCACCUGCUUGGGUUUUGAAAGUCAAAGCACUUAUUUCAGGGGACAAAUGGGGUUUAAAGAAUGAGGCAAAGUGGCUUAAUUUGAAGCCAAUAUCUGAUAAUAUAACGCGAGGCAGUGAGGUUUCUCCAUUGUUGGGCAUGAAGACAUUGAGGGAAGGCGAUGCGGUUCAUUCACCAGGAGUAGUCGAGUCUGUGUAUUAUGAACAUGCAAAUUCAAAUGUCAAAGGCAAAUUGAUUGCCGUAAUUGACAUUUCUUCCGAUAUCCCGCCAUAUAACCCUCAGUCGUUCAAACACAUCCGAUACUACAAAUGUGCCACCGUGUCAAAAGUUGUUCCUGAUCAAGCGUCCAUAUGCAGAUUUAUCAACUUGGUGGAUGAGAUUCUAAAGGAAUCCGAUGUAGAGAAACCGCUCAUUGGGGUACAUUGUCACUACGGAUUCAAUAGAACGGGGUUUUUGAUUUGUUGCUAUUUAAUUGAAGCAUUGGGAUGGUCGGUGAAAGAUGCAGUUGAAGGUUUCAGGGUUGCCAAACCUCCUGGAAUUAGACAUCCUCACUUUAUAGAUGCCUUAUACGUUAGAUACGAUACUUAG